CGGGCGCUCGAGGCAGCCAGAGAAGCGCCGUCCCUGCAAAGGCCGCCCCACUCGGGACCGGGUCGUCUUUGAUCGGGAACCGCGCGUGGAAAGUCUCGUGGGUGCCUCGCCUCCUUCGACCCCGCCAGACUGGGGCGCUGGACGGGGCGGGGGGUCGGCUUCCCUUCCGCUCUCCUCUCCCCCCCCGCGGGGCCGAGAAUAGGGGGAGGGGCUGGAGGCGCCGCCCGCUUCCCCUUUCCAAGUAGGGCAGCCACCGCCCCCGCCGGGUGUCCGGUUACAGGAGGGCCGCCGCCGCCGCCGGCUGGGGGGAGGCCCGCGGUCACUGGGCCCCCGCCUUCUCCCGCGUGGACCGAGCAGCCUCCCCGUCCGGCCGGUGAGCUCCGGGGCUGCCCAGGGCGGGAGUGGGGCGCGGGGAUCUUCGGCCCGCGCGGGGUGGCCUGGCGCGCCCGGGGAGGCAGGAAGGGCGUCCGGACAGGCGCUCGAGCCCUUCAGCCCCCGGUGGACCCCCGAGAAAGUGGCCGCCCUCCCCGCCGCCCAUAACUGGUCGAGGGCCCCGGAGUGAUGGUCUCGGGAGAUGCCAGUCUAGGGCAAAAAGGAGAAGAAGAGAGAGAGAGAGAGAGAGAAGGAAGUCCUCAAGGUCUUCUCCCCCCCCCCAAGAGUGCACCCCUUUUCCGAGGGGCUGCUGCUGCUGCUGACCCUGAGCCUAAAGCCACCUUUCCAGGCAAGAUGGCGGAAGCCCACCAGGCCGUCGCCUUCCAGUUCACGGUCACCCCAGACGGGGUGGACUUCCGGCUGAGCCAGGAAGCGCUGAAGCAGAUCUAUCUGUCUGGCCUCCAUUCCUGGAAGAAACGCUUCAUCCGGCUCAAGAACAGCUUCCUGACCGGGGUGUAUCCUGGCUCCCCCUCCGGCUGGCUGGCCAUCACUGCCGUGACCGUGGGCAGCACGUGGGUCCACGUGGACCUCUCCCGGGGCGUGAUCAGCAGCAUCCAGAAGCACUUGCCCAGCAGCUGCAGCUGCUACUUCAACCUCCGCCAGCAGACCCUGCUGAGCGCCCUGCUCUUCUCCACCGGCCUCUGGAUCCUGGGCGUUUGGCUUCGCCGCCAGAUGUUGAAGCUGCUGCUCUCCUACCACGGCUGGAUGUUCGAACCCCACGGCAAGACCAGCUUCAGCACCAAAGCCUGGGUGGCCCUGGUGAAAGUCAUGUCCGGCCGCCACCCCAUGCUCUACAGCUUCCAGACCUCCUUGCCCAAGCUGCCGGUACCCAGCGUGGAGGGCACCAUCCGUAGGUACCUGGACUCUGUGCAGCCCCUGCUGGACAAGGAGAAGUACGAGCAGAUGGAGGCCCUGGCCAGGGACUUCCAGCAGAAGCUGGCCCCCCGGCUCCAGAAGUUCCUGCUGCUCAAGUCCUGGUGGGCCACCAACUAUGUGAGCGACUGGUGGGAGGAGUACAUCUACCUGCGGGGAAGAGGCCCCAUCAUGGUCAACAGCAACUACUACCUCAUGGACUUUCUCUACAUCACCCCCACGCCCAUCCAGGCAGCCCGAGCCGGCAACUGCGUCCAUGCCAUCCUGAAGUACCGUCGCCAUCUGGACCGGGAAGAGCUUGAACCCGUGAUGGCGCUGGGCGUGGUGCCCAUGUGCUCCUAUCAGAUGGAACGGAUGUUCAACACGACGCGCAUCCCUGGCAAAGAGGCAGACUCCCUGCUGCACCUGGUCGACAGCCGGCAUCUGGCCGUCUUCCACCGAGGGCGCUUCUUCAAAGUGUGGCUGUACCAGGCGGGGAAGCAGCUGCCCCCCCGGGACCUGGAGAUGCAGUUCCAGCGCAUCCUGGACGACCCCUCCCCUCCGCUGCCCGGGGAGCAGAGGCUGGCGGCCCUCACCGCAGGGAGCAGGGUCCCCUGGGCCGAGGCCCGUGCCAAGUUCUUCAGCCGGGGCAAGAACCGGGCCUCGCUGGACUGCAUCGAGCGGGCCGCCUUCUUCCUGGCGCUGGACGAGGAGGCGCAAGGCUACAGCCCCGAGCGGGAGGAGAGCCUGAGCGACUACGCCAAGAGCCUCCUGCACGGGCACUGCGACGACCGGUGGUUCGACAAGUCCUUCACGCUGGUGGUCUACCAGAACGGCAAACUGGGGGGCAACGCCGAGCACUCGUGGGCCGACGCCCCCGUCAUGGGGCACCUCUGGGAGUUCAUGCUGGCGACAGACCAGCUGCAGCUGGGUUACUGCAAUGGCGGGCACUGCCAGGGGGUGCCCAACACCGACCUGCCCCCUCCUCAGCGUUUGGUUUGGGACCUUCCAGAAGAGUGCAUCCGGACCAUCGAUGCCUCGUACGGCGAGGCCCAGGCGCUGGCCAGUGACGUGGACUUCUGCUGCUUCUGCUUCUCCACUUUCGGCAAAGGCCUCAUCAAGAAAGGCCGGACCAGCCCCGACAGCUUCAUCCAGAUCGCCCUGCAGCUGGCGCACUUCCGGGACAGGGGCCACUUCUGUCUCACCUACGAGGCCUCCAUGACGCGGCUCUUCCGCGAGGGCCGGACGGAGACGGUGCGCUCCUGCACCAGCGAGGCCACGACCUUCGUGCUCAGCAUGAGCGACCCCAACUGCAGCGCCUUGGACCGCCUGCAGCUCUUCCGGGUGGCGGCCGAGAAGCACCAGCAGAUGUACCGCCUGGCCAUGACGGGGGCCGGCAUUGACCGGCAUCUCUUCUGCCUCUACGUGAUGUCGCGCUACCUCGGGGAGAAGUCGCCCUUUCUGGACAAGGUGCUGUCCGAGCCCUGGCGCCUCUCCACCAGCCAGACCCCCCAGCAGCAGAUCAAGAUGGUGAGCCUGGAGGCCUAUCCGGACUACAUCUCCUCCGGCGGAGGCUUUGGCCCGGUGGCUGACGAUGGCUACGGGGUCUCCUACAUCAUUGCUGGCGAGAACCUGAUCACAUUUCACAUUUCCAGCAAGUUCUCCAGCCCUGAAACGGACUCCACGCGUUUCGGGAAGAACAUCCGUCAGGCCAUGGUGGACAUUGCCGCUCUGCUGGACGUGCAGCCCAGGCGAGUGGCCCGCUGAGCUGGGGGCCUUUGCUGAGAGCCCCACGGGAGCAGCAGCCGGCCUGGCAGGCUGGCCACAGCGGGCGUCGUCGAGGCUGGUGCCAGUCAGCCAGCUGUGUCUCCUGCCCUUUGGAGCUGCACUGGGGGCGCUUGGUGGGCUGGCGGGGAGGGGACGUAGGAGCGGUGGCCCCGUGAUGUCCCUUAUAAAGGAGGAUGGCUUUGGGGA